CGGGCGCGUGUGACUGAAUCGGGCAGGCACGACGCCCCACUCUACACCAAAGCAUGGGCCAUCAUUCACGUGUCGGUGGUAUUGCUCGUACUGACUGCAGGUGACAAUGACACCUUCAGUCCCUCCUUUGCAUUGUUAGAGUUUUGCUCCUGAACAACGAUUGCUUGGCACAAGUCGACAAACAGACCGCUUAAAGCCUUGAACUCCCGAGUGCCCGUCAACCGUCAUUGCAGCCCCGUCGCACGAUCUGACCUAUCCAGAGGUCAAGAUGGAGGCCAAGAGCAGCCUAGACACCUGCCAAGGCAUCCUCGUCGUACCGUACAAGGCGGAGCAGCUCGACAAACCGCCAUCGGAAACCAUCUUCGCGACAACGUCUUCCCUCACCGGCCCCAGAUGCGAGCUCGAAGUCCGCACAUGGCUCGACUCACCGAUCUCCGCCGCGCUCGGCAUUCCGCUGAAGGUGACCAACUUUCCAUCGGAUAACUCGAAGCUGCAAAACAAGCUCGCAAUUCCGCUGUUCUUGAAUGUCGACCCCGAAGACGACGCAUUCGCGAAGGUGAGCUACCGGUACAUGGAUGGCGGUGUGCUAUUGGCGCGGCAGGACGGCGAGAAGCUGGAUGAGAAGCACGUCGUGGCGUUGCUGGCGUAUCUGAACAGCCUUUCGGAGGUCAUGGUGGAGCAUGCAAGGAAGGAAUGGGAAGGUGAUGAGGAACGAAAAGAACAAGCGAAGGUGUUGGCAGAGGAGCGGUUGACGCCGUACGCGUUCAUGGCAUUCUUCGGGGAGUACCAAGCGAGCAUGACGAGGGCGUGUGAGCCAGGGUGGGAGAAGGUCAACGCACCAAUCUAGGCAGCUGCAUAGCUCCUUAUGGAUUGCUUCGCAUAGCGGUGCAUCUGGUUGGCUACCGGAGAUUGCUAGAUAUACAGUUGGCUAGAUAUACAGCCGCGUUAACG